AUGCAAAUAGAUGAAUUGCCGGUUGGAUAGUCAAAAAAGAAUUUUAUGUUAGAGGAGUUUCCUCCAGGUAAUUUAGUUAUUAAUCUAAUAGAUUUCGAUCCUUAAUAAUAAGAAAAAGUUGAUUUACCAUUAAAGUAAAGAGUUAAAUCUAAAGUUUGGAAAGUAAGGCUUUAAGCUUAUGAAGAAUUAAUUAAUGAUGAAGAUCUUGAUUGUGAAUGUGUGAUAUCGAUAAUUUAAGAUAUUCACAUAUAAUGUUAAGAGAAAGCACUUUAGAUAGCAUUAAAAUAUUUUGAAAAUCACAACUAAUUAGAUUCAUCAUAAUAAAAAGAAACAAUUAAAGUUUUAUUAGAAAAAGUGUUAACACAAUAGAAAUUAAAAUAACUUGGUCAUUUAAUUGUAACAUAACUUUUUUCAACUUGUAAAACUUCUAUUUUUGAAGUUAUUAUUUUACAAUUAAUGCAUAAAAACCCAAAAGUUGUUUAAGCAACAAUAGCCUUGUUAACAGAAUUAUUAUAAUAAUUUGGCCUUAAAAAAUUAGACAAUUUAAAACCAUUUUUUCCUGUAAUGUCUAAAUUAACAGAAGCUUAAUAAAGCACAAUUAAAGUAGAUGCUAUUGCAUUUUACAAAGAAGUAACAAAAUGGUAUGGAAAAAAUAUAGAAGCAUUUUUUGGAGGUUUAAAUGAAAAAUUGUAAUAAGAUUUGAAAAAAUUAGCUGAAACUAUAACAGAAGUAUAAAAAGCACCAAAUCAAGAUGGAGAAGCUGAUACUAAUAAUUAAGAACUAUAUGAUUUAGUUGAAGCUGUUGAAGUUUUUGCAAAAUAUACAGAUACAUGGUGUGAAAAAGUAUUUUAAAUAGAAAAAUGGUAAGAAAAAAAAGAGUAAUUAGACAAUCUAUAGAAAUCAUGUUCUGUUCCUAAAAUAUUACCGUCUCCAAAUAUAUAUUCGGUAGUAUAAUUAUUAAAGAAAUUAUUGAAUGAAUAAUAAAUGAUUAUAAGUACAUAAUGUAUCAAAAUAAUUGGAUGUAUGGCUAAUGGUUUAAGGAAAAACUUUAAUUAGUAUGCUAAAAUAAUCAUAUUUCCAGUUUUGACUAAAUUGAAAGAUAAAAAAUAGAAUAUUGUUGAUGAAACUAUUAAUGCUAUCAAAAAACUUUUUUAUAGUUGUAAUCUUGAUGAAAUUUUUGAAGAACUAAAAGCCCUACUAGACGAUAAGGCUCCAGGUUCUAAAGUUAAUGUCUUUAAUAUUAUUGAAUAUUAUAUAGACGAAUCCUCUAAAGAUAAAUUGAACAAACUUUAAUGUAUUAAAUAAUUAAUUCCAAUUUGCAAAAAACUUUCAGAAGAUGGUAAUGCUGAUGUAAGAGCCAAAUCAAUUAUGUUGUUGGCUAAAAUAUCAGCAAAAUUAUAUAAUGGAGUUAUGGCAACUGAUUUAAAAGGUGAUAAAUAAAUUAAAUAUUUAAACUAAGUAAAUAUAUAUAUGGAAGGGAUUAGAGCUAUUUCAGGAAAUGAUUUUCCAUAACCAUAAUAAUUACCAAAUAAAGAAAAUUUAUAAUUAUAAUAAACAACAACAACUACUCCUAAUUCCUCGAAAUAAUAAUUUUUAUAAACUAACAUAAAUAAACCUCUUUAAAUCAAUAAAUAAAAUAGCUAUGAUAACUAAGAAUUAUUAUAUACAACGACAAUGACUUCUAAUUAAGCUGAUGCUUUUUUAAAACAAUAUAAAUCUUCCAAAACUAAAGAUUAAAAUGAAUUAGGAAAUAUUUUACUAUAAAUUACUUAAUAGUCAAAAUAUAUUUUAAGUGUCACUAUGGAAUUUAUCAUAGAUAAAAUGGCAGAGUAAAAAUCUUUAUGUUAUUAGUUAUUCGAUAAAUGUGCUUAGGUAUAUAAACCUAAUCAUCUAUCAUAACUAAUAAUAACCUUUAAAAAUGCAUCAACCUAAAAUUAACUUCUUGAAGUUCUAAAUAUUCUAUUAAAAUACAUACCAUAAAGUGAAAAAAAUAUUGAUUAAUAGAUUAUUUCAGAGUUUCUUAAAAAUUAUUAAAAUCAAUCUAAUAUGAAAACAAGAUCCUUAGUUUAAGAAUGCUAGAAUGCAUUAUAAUAAUUAUUUGACGUUAAAAAAGCUUAGUCUUAGGAUAAAUCAAUAUUACCUUUUCCUUUAAACACAUUUAGUGACUAGCAUUUCGAAAGAAUUAAGGUACAAUUAAAAGUUCCUUAAAUUCCAUAAAAUCUUUAUGAAAAAAUGUUUAGCUAUAACAUAUAAUAAAAUUAAAUGGCAGCAAAUUAUAUCAGAACUAAAAUACCAUUCCCUGGUGAUUUUCGAGAAAUAUUUUUUAAAUGGGGUUAUCUGAUUUCUUGGAUGAAAGAAAAUAUUCCUUUCUAAUAAGAAAUUUCUUAAUUAUUCUAAAUGUUAAUAACUUAGCAUAAACCUACUUUUUUAGAAUAACAGAUAAUCUUUUCUUAUAUUAAAAUGAUGAUUUUAGUAUAUUUUAAGAAUGGAGUAUCAAAAUUAGCUUAAAGAACGCUGCCUUUAUUAAUGAAUUUAUUGGGUGAAUACUAAAAAUUUUGUUUAUAAUCACCAUAAUUGAUUGCAUUCGAAGAUUUUGAUGAAUUAUCUAAUUCUUAAGCAAAUUAAUUAAUAUAAAUUAUGAUAGACAAUUCAAGUGAUUGGAGUGUAAGCAGUACUUUAUAAUAAAAGUAACUUAUUGCUUAAUUGAUAUCUUUUAUUUGGAAAGAAGAGAGUUUAAUUAUUAAUAAAUAAAUUGUUUAAGCUAGUUCUCAAUAAUUAUAAAAUUCUUCUAUUAUUAUUUAGAAACCUUAAAAUAUUGAAGAUCAAAUUUAAAAUUUUUAAAGGUUUAAUCCAGUUUUUCCAGUAGAAUAAUAAAAAAAUGAAUAAAGUAAUUCAGAAAAAAAAAAAUUUCAAGCUUAGGGUUUAAAUUUCAAUGGAAUAUCAUAAAUUAACUAAUAGAUAAAUAGUGGAAAUAAAAAUUAAUUUCAAUAACAACAAAGUAUUUCAAAUAAAAUGGAAAUUGAAAUGGAUUAGAAUUAUAAAAUAUUUUAAUAGAUAUAUUAAAAAUUUAAAGAAACAAAUAAUUUUGAGAAUCCUUAACAAUUUGCAGAUUAAACAAUAUAUUUAUUAAAUAAUUUUAUAAAAGAAUAAUCUUAUGAUAAACUUAAUUCAGUAUUAGAAAAGCUUUUGCACAUAUUGUCAUCAGGUUAAUUCUUGAAACAUAUAUCAUAUGAUAAAUUUUAUAUCAUUUUUGAUAUAUUAAUUUUUAAAAUGGUUGAAGAGUCAACAAAGACAAUCAACAAAGAUGGAGCUCAAAAAAGUUGUUAUAACUUUAUAAAUCAAAAUUUAAUAAAGAUUUUAAAUAAUUAAGAAUUAUCUAAUUUAUAUAUAGCUUUUUUAGAUAUAUUAAUAAAAGUAAAAGAAUCAGAAAAAUAAACUAAAUAAUUUUAUACUUUAAUAACAAAAUGUUUAAGUAAAUCAGUAGGAUAAGUAAAAAGCUAAUUUUAAUGGCAAUAAUUAUAAGUUAUUUUAGAAAAGUUAAAUAAAUAUUUGAUUUUAUGUUCAAAACCUGAGCCAAAUUAAGAGUUAUAAGAGUCUUAAGAAUUCUUAUUAAAAGCAUUAAAAUCCACAGUAAUAUAUCUUUUGCAUUUUAAUGAUGGAACUAGAGUUAGUUAAUGUAUAAUGUAAUUAACAAAUGAUAAAUCAAUUUUGAGAUAAUGGGUUUUAGAAGUGUAAGAAAAUAAUUUAGCAAAAUAAAAGAAAUCAAGAGAUACUCAUAUAAAUUAAAUAGUUGAAUUAUUAAAAAUAGAUUUUGAAAAGAGUGUAGAAUAAUUUGUAUCAUUAGUGAGAAGAUAAAAUAUAGAUUGGAAGCCUUUGGUUGAAUUUUUGAGUUAAUAAUAAAUAAAAUUUAUAGAAUUAAGAUUAGAGUAGACAACUCAUAUGAAUUUAUUGGAGAAAAAAGUAGGAGAAUUAGAGAAGAUGUUAAAUUAAUGA